UGUAAAUUUCCCAUUUAAUUAUUUUUAGUAAAAAUUUAGUUAAAACUGCCUCCGUGGAAUAAUUUGCAGAAUAAUCCCCACUGUUGCUGCGGAAACAUCGUCCGUUCUCGAACAAAUCUACACCAACCAUUUUUUCCCAUCCUUCUGAAUCAAAAACAGAAUUUAAGAGGAGAAAAGCAUAGGUGUACGGCUGUUGGCAUUGCAGCGACAAAUUCUUAGGGUCUUUGUCUCACGAAUCAAUAGAAUAUUCCUUCAAUAGAUGCCCAAAUAUGCUCUGCGUUCCCACCAUUUAAGCGCUUCCCCUCCUCCUUCCCCUUCCGUUCAUACAGAGCUCUAAAGAUCUCAUCUUUGAUACAAUGGCCAAGGAACAACUUGAGGUCCUCACCGCCCUCGAUGUCGCCAAGACGCAAUGGUACCACUUCACAGCCAUCGUCAUUGCCGGAAUGGGAUUCUUCACCGACGCCUACGAUCUGUUCUGCAUCUCCCUUGUCACCAAACUCCUCGGCCGCAUAUAUUACCAUGUCGACGGCUCUCCCACCCCUGGCUCCCUCCCUCCCCAUGUCUCCGCUGCCGUCAACGGCGUCGCCUUCUGCGGCACCCUCAGUGGCCAACUCUUCUUCGGUUGGCUAGGAGACAAGCUGGGCCGCAAAAAGGUUUACGGCAUGACCCUCCUGCUCAUGGUUAUCUGCUCCGUGUGCUCCGGACUUUCCUUCGGCCACACCUCUAAAGGCGUCAUGGCUACCCUCUGCUUCUUCCGCUUUUGGCUCGGUUUUGGUAUCGGCGGCGACUACCCUCUUUCCGCAACCAUCAUGUCUGAAUACGCCAAUAAAAAAACCCGCGGAGCUUUCAUCGCCGCAGUGUUCGCCAUGCAGGGGUUCGGCAUUCUAGCCGGCGGUAUGGUCGCCAUUGCUGUUUCCGCCGCUUUUAAGAACCACUUCCCUGCCCCGACUUAUGCCGCUGACCCUAUCGCCUCCACCGUCCCGCAGGCUGAUUAUGUUUGGCGUAUUGUCGUCAUGGUCGGCGCUAUCCCCGCCGCGCUCACAUACUACUGGCGAAUGAAGAUGCCCGAGACCGCGCGCUACACCGCUCUUAUUGCUAAGAACGCCAAGCAGGCAGCUUCCGAUAUGUCCAAGGUCCUCCAGGUGGAGAUCAAGGAGGAGCAUGAUAAAGUCGAGCGCUUCAUUGGCAAAAAAGCAAACAGCUUCGGGCUGUUUUCGAAAGAGUUCGUUCGCCGCCAUGGUCUCCACCUCGUCGGCACGACGACCACAUGGUUCCUCCUUGACAUCGCUUUCUACAGCCAGAAUCUGUUCCAAAAAGACAUUUUUAGCGCUAUCGGGUGGAUCCCAAAAGGGGCAACCAUGAACGCGCUGGAGGAAGUCUUCCGCAUUGCGCGAGCGCAAACCCUCAUCGCCCUCUGCGGCACCGUUCCCGGUUACUGGUUCACCGUCGCAUUAAUCGAUGUUAUCGGGCGUUUCACCAUUCAAAUGCUUGGUUUUGCGAUGAUGACUCUGUUCAUGCUAGGCCUGGCCAAUUACUACACGUAUUGGACCACACCAGGCCAUCACAUUGGUUUCAUUAUAAUGUAUGGAUUCACGUUUUUCUUCGCUAAUUUUGGGCCGAACAGCACUACCUUUAUCGUGCCGGCGGAGAUUUUCCCAGCGAGGUUGAGAUCGACAUGUCACGGGAUCUCAGCGGCGACGGGCAAAUUGGGAGCGAUAAUUGGCUCUUUUGGUUUCCUUUAUCUUGCGCAGAAUCCUGAUCCAGCACGGGCUGAUCAUGGCUACCCUCCUGGUAUUGGUGUGAGAAACUCGCUCUUUCUACUUGCCGGCUGCAAUCUUGUGGGUCUGUUGUUCACCUUCCUGGUGCCGGAGUCCAAGGGAAAAUCGCUUGAGGAUAUGUCAGGCGAGAAUGAUGAGGUGGUUUGAGAAAAUCGGUCGAUCCGGUGAGUUUGUCGCUUCUUCGGUUCAAGCCACGUUAUGUAGACCAGUUGACUCAAAUUUUUGUGGGUGGAUUAAUACGGGUAGCAUGCCGGCAUUAAAAGUUCUAUAAGAUUGUUUUAUUUUUUUGUUUCGAUUUGCUACCUGUUUUUUCUUUCUUUUAUUUUCUUUUUGAGU